AUGUCGAUCGCUCCGAUAAUCACGUUCAAGGCCGGACUUUGUGAGCUUGAUACGAGCUCCUCUCCUCCCAGAGUCAAACCUCUCCCGACCCCCGGAUACCUAUACCUCUACGCGGAAGAUGAACUUUUGCAUCUGUGUUGGCGUCCACGGACCGCUCCCUUGGAUCGGCCUGAAUUGGAUCUAUUGAUGCUCCCUGGCGAUGGCUCGUUCGUGCCCUACCACCCCUCUAGCGCGGAGAAUCCCUCAAACCCCAAGAAGCCUACCGAUGGAAGAAUAUACGUGCUCAAAUUCUCGUCGAGCUCACAACGAUAUCUGUUCUGGCUACAGUCUCGAAGUCAGCAUCCACAGGGCGACCCCGCAUGGUUCAGCGCUCGAGAUUUGAAGCUGGGCCAGAUUGUGAACAACCUGUUACAGGGCGAAGAGGUGGACGUCCAACAACAAAUGGCAGAGCUGCCGAAGGACCAGAACCCGCCGGACGACGACGAUGAUGAACCGAUGGAGGAAGUGGAGGGCACAGAUCACCGCAUCAACAGACGUCCGUCUCAAGGACCUGGGGCAGGACCCGAUGCCACUGGUGGCGAUUUCCGUGAAGAGGGAGAAGAGUCUAGAGAAGGGGGAGCCGAAGGCGGAAGAGCCGCUGCUGCUACGGAUGCAAACGCCAUAAUCCAGAACUUCAUCCAAUCGCUAGGGAACAGUGCAGGGAACAAUGCCAACAAUCAAGGCAACGAAUCAUCCCCUCAGGAGAAGCUCUUCACAACUCUUGCAGACUUGCUCACCCCGGCCGCCACGAUACCGUGGAUUGAUUCGGCAGACGCCAAACUUGUCGACGGGCUACUUCAGUAUUUACCCCCUGCGUUGGUUACUUUGGCUCAAGAGGCAGACGACAUGUCGGCUUUGAAUACAGACCACGCUUCAAUCGAAGCAGCAGAACAAGCACUCAGUCUCGACCAGAAAAAGGACAUUCUGCGAAGGGUCUUGCGGUCCCCGCAGUUCUCGCAAAGUCUAUCAAGCUUGACCAUUGCCCUGCGUGAUGGUGGCUUGCCUAGUAUCAGUGAAGCCCUCGACAUCCCUGUCGGAAAUGGAGGUUACAUGAGGAGAGGAGGCGUGCCGUUAGGCGGUGGCGAAGCCGUCGAAGUCUUCCUGCAGGGAGUCAAAGACAAGGUCACCAAGGAAAAGGACAAUGAAGGUGGAGAUCGUAUGGACACGGAAUAG